AUGUCAAGCAUGCCACCCAGCAUGUUCACUGCCUUGGCUCUGAUUCUGGGAAAUGAAGCUCACCAUUCAAUUCUGAAGCAGCACCAACUGAUUCACCUGGAUGACCUAUGCAAUGCUCAUUUUUUCGUGUUGGAGCAUCCCAAAGCAGAGGGAAGAUACAUCUGCUCCUCCAGGGACAUCACCAUCUUUGAGCUUGCAAAGAUGUUGAGGGAAAGAUACCCAGAAUACAACAUUCCUACCACGUUUAUGGGUAUUGAUGAGUCAAUCAAGCCUGUUCAUUUCUCUUCAAAGAAACUCACGGACUUAGGCUUCAAAUUCAAGUACACCGCAGAGAAUAUCUUUGAUGGAGCUAUCCGCUCGUGCAGGGAGAAGAACUUGAUUCCACUUAAAACAUUAGAGAAGCCAUGUGCUGCAGAGAACCAAAAACUAAAUGGAGCGGAGGAGAAAAUCUCUGCAGUUGGGGAAGAGAACCAGCAACGCAGCAACCCAUUAAGGCAUAGAAGUGUUCCUUUUGUGUUUCUGCAAUCCAUAUUGGUGUGA